AUGAUUCUACUGCUUUCAGAGCUCUUUGCCCUUGUUGUUGCCGACCCUUUAUUCACAAUUUGUUCAACUAACUAUGGUAACUAUGAUCUCGGAAGCCCAUUUGAAAACAACCUGAAGCAUCUUCUUGAAACCUUACCUUCCAUCACUUCAUCAACCGGCUAUAACAACACGGCUAUUGGUAAAACCCCUGACAAAGUCCAUGGCCAAGCACUUUGUAGAGGAGAUGUCUCUUCAAGUGCUUGUCAGACUUGCUUGAGAGAUGCAAGCCAAGAAAUCUUGAAAAAUUGCACAAGUACAGAUGCAAUCAUAUGGUAUGAACGAUGCCAAAUUCAAUAUUCGUUUCAGAAUAUGACUUCCUUGUAUGUUUAUGCCGGGAAGUAUCCAGACUUGGAUUCUCAUGAGAAAUCCGUAUCAGAUCCUGUUCAUUUCUUUGACACUGUAAAGUUCUUGAUUGACAAACUGUCAAAUGAGGCUGCGUUCGAUCCUUCAAAGCUCAUGUUUGCAACUGGAGAAAUCAAGUUUUCAAGGAACGAAACCAUAUAUGGCCAUGUGCAGUGCACUAGGGAUGUCAGAGCAGAUGAGUGUCAGAAAUGUUUGACUUCUGCUUUAAUUGAUCUCAAAGGAUGCUGUUCUUCGCACCAAGGUGGAAUUAUUGUUAGUAGAAAUUGCAAUGUCAGAUUUGGGCUCUACAAAUACUACAACGCCUCAAGUUACUUAAUAACAUUCCCAAAUCCUAAAGGUGAGUAA